AUGUCCCUGAGUCCCAAACACUCUACGCCGUUUUCCGUGACAGACAUCUUGAGCCCCUUGGAGGAGAGUUACAAGAAGGCGGUCGCCGCCGCCGCUGCAGCGGCUGAAAAUUCGGGACUUGGGUCCGCGUACGCGAGGAGCCCCCAGUCGCAGGCAACCAUGAACGUGCCCGUCACCAACCCUUACAUGCAUAUGUCACAGCUCUCUCACCCCAACACCUUUCCGACCCAGUACUGCAACGGGACCGACAUUUCAGCACAUUAUGGAGACGUCCGGCAAUCAGCUCCCGGAUGGUACAGUACGGCGCCGGACCCGAGGUUCGCCAUCUCUCGGCUGAUGGGCUCGUCAACGGGCAUGUCCAUGUCCAACAUGAACAUGUCGAGCUUGAGCGCCUGCAGCGUUGCCGCGGCCGCGGCAGCAGCCGACCCGAAGGCAGCCUCGGCGGCCGGCGUCCAGUUCCCGCUGACCCAGCGGCGGAAGCGACGCGUCCUCUUCACCCAGGCCCAGGUGUACGAGCUCGAGCGGCGCUUCAAGCAGCAGAAGUACCUCUCCGCUCCGGAGCGCGAGCACCUGGCCAGCCUGAUCCACCUGACGCCGACACAGGUCAAGAUCUGGUUCCAGAACCACCGCUAUAAGUGCAAGCGCCAGGCCAAGGAGAAGGCGAUGGCCGAGCAGCAGUCGCAGCAGCACUCGCCCAGGAAAGUGGCCGUGCCCGUGCUUGUCAAGGACGGGAAGCCGUGCUCGACCGGAUCGGCGGAGGACGACGGGAGCAGCGGAGGAGACCUCCUCACCGGGGGAGGCGGCUCGCUGCAGCCGCACCAGCACCAACAGCCGCCGCAGCACCACCAGCCGCAGGUGUCCGUCUCGAGCGGCGGCGGGCACAGGAACAGUUGCCUCGGGGACUCGUGCGCGCAGAGCUCCUCGGCGGUGGCGGCCCGGGUGCACGCGCUCGCCGCCGCGCAGCAGUCCACCUGCUCGCUGGCUGGCGGGGGAUCCGCCGCCGCGGCGCUGCAGGGCGCCCUCAACGGGAUGAGCGGCUACGGACAGGCGGUGGCCGGAAAUCUGGACCUGAGUGCCGUCACUAAUGCCGCCAUGUGCCCCUCGUACUUACAGUUGCAAGGCAGGACUUGGUAG